AUGUCUCAAAUUCGUCCCGUGUCCUCGCUAUUGAAGGAAGUAGCUGAACGGGAACUCAACGAGGAUGAAUCUCAGAUCGAGAGUCAUCUGUCAGUAAUUCGAACGUGGCUUGUUGAACGUGGACUACAGUGCGAAAUAGUUGAUGAUCAGUUUUUGAUAGCCUUCCUCCGUGGGUGCAAGUUCAGUUUAGAAAAGGUGAAGAAAAAAAUACUUCUAUUUCAUGAGAUCCGUUACCAGUUACCGCAAGUAAUUCAAAAUCGUGACCCAGAGGAUGAGAAGACCAUCAAAGUUAUACGUAUGGGCGUUGCUGUGCCUCUCCCUAGCACAACAAAGCCCACCGAUCCAAAGCUGUUUAUCAUUCGAGUUGGACAUUUCAACACCGAGCAAUGCAGUUUUGCAGACGUUAUGAAAGUCGGAACUAUGAUCAACGAUAUUCUGAUGCGUGAAGACGACCAGAUGGUAAUUUGCGGCCUGACCCUUAUAAUAGAUCUCAAAGGGGUCUCUGCUGGUCACUUGAUGCAAUUAGAAAUAGAACUUUUACGAAAAAUCGCCAUUCUGAACCAAGAUGCUUCACCGCUUCGAAUGCAGGGAAUUCACAUACUGAACCCACCAACAGGGGCUAAUAUUGCAUUAAAUAUUUUUAACGGGCUUCUUUCGGAAAAAAAUCGCCAUAAAAGAAUUUUUUCUCAUGACAACGGCCUUAAGUCAUUACAUCAGCAUUUUUCCCCCCAACUGCUUCCAAAAGAAUAUGGAGGUAAUCUAGAGUCAAUUGACAAUAUUGUAAAGCAGUGGGAGAAUAAGCUGAAAGAUAAUCGUUUAUAUCUGCUGGAAAUGGCUGCAAUGAGCUCAAAAAAAGUUUCAUCAUCUUCUGGUACAACUGCGAUCAAUCGCUCCAUAGAAGAUUCUUUUGGAACUGACGGAAGCUUUAGGAAGCUUAGUUUUGACUGA